ACUAAUAUUAUCAUUUUGCUUGCUGCAGGGCUGCUUGCACAUUAUCUCUUUUUUUACGCUACAGAUUACAAAAUGCCUUGCACAAUAUAGGGGGGCCCUAGUUUCUCAGUCAGGACUUAGGAACCCACAACUGUGACAAUUCUCGUUGGCCACUGUACUUGCAAAUAUGAAAAGAUUAUGGUAGUAAAUCAAAUACAAAUUUCGGUGUUAUUUGCGAUAAAACUUGAGACAUUCUGGAGGACGAGUUGUCAGUGAGACAUGUAGCAAUUUCGGUAGGAGUCAUCCAGUAGGGGUAAAAUGAGGGGUGGUUCUGCUGGUAUGUUGGUGGUAGGGGUACGCCUGCGAAUUUCUCGUUCUCCGAGGGCAGUCGCUCAAACCUACACAAGCUUUUUAGUUUCAGUUCCUCUCAUCAAACCCUCGUUUUGCUCUGCUCCCAUCCAGCCAGUGUAGUUGCUUGUCUUCAAGAGGCACGGCGCCAAGAACGGCGAGUGGAGAUGAGGAAGGAGGCGGUAGGAGGAGAAAGAGCGGCGGGUGCGGCGGGGAGGCAGGAACGCGAGAUCUUCGUCAAGAUGGACUCCCAAGUUCUCGACUGCACCAUCUGCUUCGAGCCCCUCCGGCCACCAAUCUACCAGUGCGAGGUUGGACAUGCUGUAUGUUAUGUAUGCCGUGGAAAGCUUUGCAAUACAUGCCCGAUCUGCUGCAGAGGAAUUGGCUUCUCCCGCUGCUUUGCGCUUGAGCAUGUGGUUGACACAGUCAAAGUGCCAUGCGCAAAUGCAAAUUAUGGAUGCAAGCAGUUCAUCAUAUACUACCAGAAAGAGAAGCAUGAGAAGACAUGCCUGCAUGCUCCAUGCUUCUGCCCAGAGGAUGGCUGCUCAUUCAAAGGAUCAACAGGAUCGCUCCUCGAUCACUUCGUCAUCGAGCACAAAUGGUCGCCGACAAACUUCCAUUACAACGAGGCUCAGAGGAUCUCCAUCCCACGGCACUGCCGGUUCACGCUCUUGGUUGGAGAAGAGGACCAGUCCAUGUUCCUCGUGGUGAAUACUCUCAUCCAUAUGGGCAAUGCCCUCACCACAAUCUCCAUCAGGCCCCAUGAAUCCUCUGGGUCAUGCUAUUCGUCCAGGAUCUCAGCUGUCCACUGUGCUGAAUCUGACAAAGGGAGGUAUGUGUUUCAGAUGGAUCCUCAUGUGGGGAGCAGCUCGCUGCAUGAUGGGGCUCAGUUGGGAAGCUUCUUCCUGCUAGUACCUCCUGAACUGGUCGAUGAAUCGACCGAUGGACUCACCAUCAACAUUCGCAUUGACAAGAUCAAGUGUGUCGUGCAUCAUUGAUCAUCGAGCAUCAUUGAUCAUCGACGUGGUGGCAAGACUGGUGGCCUUAGACUAUUGAUCUUGCAGCAACUACACUUUUGAUCUUGCAGCAACUAGACUGGAUGCUGCUGCUCUCUUAUCUAAUGUUGUAGGUAGAAUUUACCGGAGUUAGGAACCAUACCGAGCUAUUUCUGUGAUAGCAGAGAUUAUUUGCUCUGAAUGUUUGCUCUGUAACUAGUGAACUGAUCUGUGUUGCAUGUAAUGUACUGUAUGGCAGAUUUGCAAGGAUCUAACUUAGUAUGAAGCAAACUCGUGCUAUA